GUGCUGCUGGAUUCGUGGGCUCCUGCCGCUGCCCUCCAGCCUCCUCACCUCGCGUGGGCGCGCCGGGACUUGGAGUCUCUUUUCCCUCUUGUGUUUGGUACAUGACCCGGAAGCCUCUGCUGGCCGUCCGCGUCAUGCAUGGCGCCGGCGCAGAGCGAGAAGGAGGCGGGAACGCUGAGAAGCAAGAGAGGUCGGCUAAACGGAGAGGAGAACUGCAGUGGAGGGGUUCUUGCUUCCCUGCCGGUGAUGGCGCCCCCCGCGGCCUAGAGGUCCAGCGCCCGCGGCGAGCAGCAGACAGUGCUCCUUCCGUUGUGUCCAACCAAGAGUCCUGGUAACUUUGAACAUGUUGGUGCCGCUAGCCAAGCUGUCCUGCCCGGCUUAUCAGUGCUUUCAUGCCUUAAAAAUUAAGAAAAAUUAUCUACCUCUAUGUGCUACAAGAUGGUCUUCAACUUCUGUACCUCGAAUUACUACUCACUAUACUAUUUAUCCCCGGGAUAAGGACAAACGAUGGGAAGGAGUGAACAUGGAAAGGUUUGCAGAAGAAGCAGAUGUAGUAAUCGUAGGUGCAGGCCCUGCAGGGCUCUCCGCAGCUGUUCGUCUAAAGCAGUUGGCUGCUGAACAUGAAAAGGACAUCCGUGUGUGUCUAGUGGAGAAAGCUGCUCAAAUAGGAGCUCAUACACUUUCAGGGGCUUGCCUUGAUCCAAGUGCUUUUAAAGAACUCUUCCCAGACUGGAAGGAAAAGGGGGCUCCACUUAACACUCCUGUAACAGAAGACAGAUUUGGAAUUUUAACAGAGAAAUAUAGGAUUCCUGUGCCAAUUCUUCCAGGUCUUCCAAUGAAUAAUCACGGCAAUUACAUUGUGCGCUUGGGACAUUUAGUAAGCUGGAUGGGAGAACAAGCAGAAGCGCUUGGUGUUGAAGUAUACCCUGGUUAUGCGGCUGCUGAGGUCCUUUUUCAUGAUGAUGGUAGUGUAAAAGGAAUUGCCACUAAUGAUGUGGGGAUACAAAAGGAUGGUGCACCAAAGACAACAUUUGAGAGAGGACUAGAACUACAUGCUAAAGUCACAAUUUUUGCAGAGGGUUGCCAUGGACAUCUAGCCAAGCAACUAUAUAAGAAGUUUGAUUUGAGGGCCAAUUGUGAACCUCAAACCUAUGGGAUUGGACUGAAGGAGUUAUGGAUUAUUGAUGAAAAGAAGUGGAAACCCGGGAGAGUAGAUCACACUGUUGGUUGGCCCCUGGACAGACAUACUUAUGGAGGCUCUUUCCUUUAUCAUUUAAAUGAAGGUGAACCCCUAGUAGCUCUUGGUCUUGUGGUUGGCCUAGACUAUCAAAAUCCAUACCUGAGUCCAUUCAGAGAGUUCCAGAGAUGGAAACACCAUCCCAGUAUUCGGCCAACAUUGGAAGGUGGAAAAAGGAUUGCAUAUGGAGCCAGAGCUCUCAAUGAAGGUGGCUUUCAGUCUAUACCAAAACUCACCUUUCCUGGUGGUUUGCUAAUUGGUUGUAGCCCUGGUUUCAUGAAUGUUCCUAAGAUCAAAGGUACCCACACAGCAAUGAAAAGUGGAAUUUUGGCAGCAGAAUCUAUUUUUAAUCAACUAACUAGUGAAAAUCUCCAAUCAAAGACAAUAGGACUCCAUGUAACAGAGUAUGAGGACAAUUUGAAGAAAUCAUGGGUAUGGAAAGAGCUAUAUGCUGUUAGAAAUAUAAGACCGUCCUGCCACGGAAUACUGGGUCUGUAUGGAGGGAUGAUUUACACUGGAAUAUUUUACUGGAUAUUAAGAGGAAUGGAGCCAUGGACUCUCAAACAUAAAGGUUCUGACUCUGAUCAACUCAAACCAGCCAAGGACUGCACACCUAUUGAGUAUCCAAAACCUGACGGACAGAUCAGUUUUGACCUCUUGUCAUCUGUGGCUCUGAGUGGUACUAAUCAUGAACAUGACCAGCCAGCACAUCUAACCUUAAGGGAUGACAGUAUACCUGUAAAUAGAAAUCUGUCGAUAUAUGAUGGGCCUGAGCAGCGAUUCUGUCCUGCAGGAGUUUAUGAAUUUGUACCUUUGGAACAAGGUGAUGGAUUUCGGUUACAGAUAAAUGCUCAGAACUGUGUGCAUUGUAAAACAUGUGAUAUUAAAGAUCCAAGUCAGAAUAUUAACUGGGUGGUACCCGAAGGUGGAGGAGGACCUGCCUACAAUGGAAUGUAAACUGAAACUUAUUUCAUUUGCAGGCAUGUUUGAUAGCCAGUGCCUUAAAAAGUAUGGCGAGCUAACAUUAAAAUGUUUAGAGGUUAACAAGUAUCAAAAUAUCUUGCAGCAUAUUAUUGAUGAGAAUGUUCACAAAAUAAUUAGAAAUAAAAAUUUUAUACUAUUUCUAAAAUU